AUGCCUCACGAUAAGUCGCACACGAUGUUGGACAACGAACAUUCACCAACAACAACCGGAAAUAAUAACAUUCAUCGUUAUUGGGAUGUACUGUGUAGAUGCGACCUAAAGCGUCUUAAGAAAAUACAGUUGGAUAUUCUUCAACUGGUGUUCCAUGUUUUUGACGCUGAAAUGAUUUUGAUAAUGCCUUCCAGGGAACGGAAGGGAAAUGGAAAUGCUUCUUUUGGAGUGGGAGGGAAAUGGGAAUUGGUUGGUAAAUUGGAAAAUGAGAAGAAAGCGGAAAUGUUUUCAUGGAAAUGGAAGGGAAAUUGGAAUGAAAAAGCGAUUCCCGUCCAUCUCUAA